AUGGACUUAUAUAUGUCCAGUUUGUUUAAGCGCUCCUUUACUUGGUCCUCCUCCACCGAGGAAUCUCGAAGUUACACAGAAGCCAUUAACCACUCCCUGGUGAUAUCUGACGGCACUGUGGGCACUAACCCUGCUUUGCUGAGGGCCAACAUGCAGACGGAUCCCUCCUUUCAGCGCUGUUUCGCAUCUUCGUGUACUGUUUCAAGUAACAGUCCUAUCCCAGGGGGAGAAAGCUCUUCUGCAACAGAACGUCCUUGGCUUGAAAGCAGCCCUAAAGUUUCCCCAUCACUCCAGCUUUCAGUGGGAAACAGCAGACCGCCAGGAAGUUGCCUUGUGCCUUCUGAAUUUUCAAAUGCAGUGCAAGAUGUCUCCCUCUUGUCUCAUUUCCAAAGUCCAGGACUGCAAGUUGUCACCCUGAGCAGCAUGGAGAAUUCACCAGCAGAGCCACAGCAAGAACCUGCUGUCAGCAGCAGUGCCCGGGCCUACCUGAGCUACAGCACGGGCAACAGGGGCAGUAGCUCCCCUCGAGAGGAGAAACAAGCUGCUUUCAUAGCCAAUAGUAGCAUCUCUUCUAAAACCAUGAGCUCAUCAGUGGCAAGUGCCGACGACAAUGGCUUUUUGACACAAAAUUUUCUUACAGCGGCCUCUGGACACAAUAGCCAGAACAGUCCAGUUCAGCAGCACCAUGGAGGGAACCUGCAUGCUCAACCACCUCUUCCAGAGAAAAAGAGAUCCUCUGAGGGAGACCGUUCCUUUGCCUCCGUGUCACCUUCUUCAAGUGGCUUCUCCAGCCCCCACAGUGGAAGCACAAUCAGCAUCCCCUUCCCAAAUGUCCUCCCAGAUUUCUCAAAAAUGUUAAGCACUUCCCCAGUGUCAGAAAACACAACUGAUAAACACGUGACGGUAAAAUUUGUCCAGGACACAUCCAAGUUCUGGUAUAAGCCAGAUAUUUCAAGAGAACAAGCCAUUGCUGUUCUCAAGGAUAAGGAACCUGGGUCAUUCAUUGUUCGAGACAGUCAUUCUUUCCGGGGAGCCUACGGGCUAGCAAUGAAAGUUGCCACUCCACCUCCUUCUGUGCUGCAGCUAAACAAGAAAG